AUGACGGAGUGUGAUCGCUCGCCUGUGGUGACGUCAGCCCAGAUGGGGGAAAGCUCUGGUUGGUCUUCCACUGCGAGCCUUAUGUCGCGAUCCUCUUCGAUUCCCGCUCCGGACAGGACCUCCGCCGGCCAAAAUGUUCUAACUCCGGAUCUGAGUGAGCCUAUCUUGCUCCUUAGUAUUCGGAUCGAGGCCUCGUGCUCGGUCGAUCAAGCCACGUUAAACGCCGCGAUUGAUUCGCUUUACGUUCGCCUGAACCUUCUACAGACUGUCGUGGAUCGGUACCAGAGUAUGGAGGCUGCUUUGGAACGGCACAUGAUCCAGAAUCGCCAGCUGAGUGAGGAUCUAAAGGAGCUCCGCACCUCCACGUUUCCUUUCGUCCAGUUCGUCCAGUCGAAGUACGACCGCUUGCGCGUUUGCUUCGACGACGAGGUCAAACAGUUUAAGGUCUAUCGGGAGGCUUUGGCCGACCGGGCGACCAGACCGCCGUGA